GCAAUCUUCACAAAAACAGAACAGAUCCUGUAGCAGCGUGAGCUUCUGCAUUCAUGGCUUCCACUCCUGGAAUCCUCACCGAUUGGCCAUGGACGCCUCUUGGAAACUUCAAGUACGUGGUUUUGGCUCCUGGAUUUAUCUACAGCAUCUACCAGUACAUGGUAAAGGAUGAAGCAGAGAGAGAUAUCUCCAGUCUUGUUAUUAUCCCGCUUCUUUUGUGGAGAAUGAUUCAUAACCAGAUAUGGAUAUCUCUCUCUCGUCAUCGAACUGCUAAAGGCAAUGCUCGAAUCGUGGACAAGGGCAUCGAAUUCGAUCAAGUCGAUAGAGAAAGAAAUUGGGACGAUCAAAUUUUGUUGAAUGGAGUCUUGUUUUACAUAGCAGUUAAUUUAACGACGAGUGCUCAGAACCUACCUAUAUGGCGAACAGACGGAGUGGUUAUUACAUUACUGCUGCACGCAGGUCCAGUGGAGUUCCUUUAUUAUUGGUUCCACAGAGCUCUGCACCAUCAUUAUCUCUAUUCUCGCUACCACUCUCACCACCACUCCUCCAUUGUUACGGAGCCAAUCACUUCUGUGAUUCAUCCUUUUGCGGAGCACCUAGCGUAUUUCAUCCUCUUCGCCAUUCCAAUGUUGACGAUAUUGUUCACCGGAACUGCUUCUUUAGCGGCCUACGUCUUAUACCUUACAUACAUUGAUUUCAUGAACAACAUGGGGCACUGCAACUUCGAGAUCAUCCCCAAUCGCCUGUUCACUCUCUUUCCACCUCUCAAAUAUCUUCUAUACACUCCAUCGUUUCAUUCCCUGCAUCACACUCAAUUCCGGACCAACUACUCCCUAUUCAUGCCCUUAUAUGACUACAUUUACGCUACACUCGACAAAUCUUCAGAUACUCUGUACGAAAGAUCACUGAGGAGAGAGGAAGAAGUUGCUGACGUGGUUCAUCUCACCCAUCUCACAACUCCUGAAUCCAUCUAUCAUCUACGGCUAGGAUUUGCGGAGUUGGCCUCCAGGCCCCACACCUCCACUUGGUAUACGUGGCUCCUAUCUCCCAUCACCAUGGGGUCAAUGUUGUUGACUUCGAUUUAUGGCCGUACAUUUGUCGUUGAGAGGAACCGAUUUGAAAAGCUUAAGAUGCAAACAUGGGCGAUCCCGAAGUUUAAUGUUCAGUACUCCCUUAAAUGGCAAACCCAAUCAAUAAACAGCUUGAUUGAAGAUGCCAUAGUAGAAGCAGAGCAAAAGGGUUGUAAAGUCUUGACUCUAGGUCUCUUGAAUCAGGGAGAGGAGCUGAACGUGUAUGGAGGGCUUUACGUGCAAAGGAACCCUAAGUUAAGAGUUAGGGUGGUGGAUGGGAGUAGCCUGGCUGUGGCUGUAGUUCUGAAUAGCAUCCCCAAAUAUGCGACCCAAGUUCUGUUGAGAGGCAAACUCACAAAAGUGGCUUAUGCCCUUUCUUAUUCUCUGUGCCAAAGAGGCAUUCAGGUCGCUGUUUUGCACGAAGAGGAAUACAGGAAGCUCAACAAAUCAUUCAACACCAAGUUUGAAAGCAAUCCAGUGCUUUCCAAAGGCUAUUCUCAAAAUAUAUGGUUAGUGGGAGAUGGAGUGACAGCUGAAGAACAAUUGAAGGCACCAAAAGGAGCGACUUUCAUUCCCUUCUCACAGUUACCUCCAAAGAUUGUACGCAAAGACUGCUUUUACCACUGCACUCCUUCAAUGGAGGCUCCUCCUUCUAUUGAGAAUGUGCACUCUUGCGAGAACUGGUUGCCGAGAAGAGUGAUGAGUGCAUGGCGGAUUGCUGGUGUGGUGCACGCGGUGGAAGGGUGGACGGAGCACGAGUGUGGGUACACAAUGUCCAACAUCGACCGAGUCUGGAAGGCAGCCCUUCGCCACGGCUUUCAGCCUCUCACCACUCCCACUACCUGUGGCUCCAUGUAAUCGUCUAAUUAAUUUUCUAAUAUAUAUAUUUAUAUAAUAUGUUUCUGCCUUGGAAAAUAUUAGCAGUGGGUGAAUAUCACUAUAUGAGCCUACCAGUAAUGUAUGAAUCUAGACAUAUUAGUCACUUUUGUAGUUCAAUUUAAUGCCCAUGUUUGUGAAAGAAUUGUUACUGCUUU